UCUUGAAAGGUUGCCGAUUAAUAUUAGCCUUGCGGUAGUGCAAUUAACAGUUUCACCAAGGUUGCACCGCUCGGCUUACGCUUUUGUAAUGAGUGACGUGAAAACACCGAUAACGUCGUACGUAUCACAGCGCGACGAAUCUCUGAUAACUUAUCAGUAGCUAUGCCUUUUUCCGUGUGCAUCGUUCGUUCAGGACCACAAUAUGUGUAUCAUUAAAUCGUAUAGCUGUUUUAUUUUGCGAUUUUCCCAACAAAAUAUGUAGUGUUAAAAGUUUGUGUGCAAUGGGUCAUUGUACGUUGUUGUUUGUGUUGUUAGUGAUUGUUAUACACAGUGGUUACAGCGAUGGUGAGUGCCCCUACUGCGUGGGUGAACAGUUUGAAUGCAUCAAUGGAAGAUGCUAUUGCUCCAGUGGGUACAUACCAGAUUACCACCAUUCAAAUUGCAUAAAAUGUCCAGGCUUAGGAGACAAAUGUUACGGUCCGUGCUGCGGCACAGUUGACAACGCGACGUUGCAGUGCUGGCACGGCGUCUGCCAGUCAUGUUACGGAUCUCACGGGAAUUGGAUAUGCAGCGAAUCUAUGGACCAACUGUUGCUGGUGUCGAGCUCUCAAAUAGUGAUGGCGGUUGCCCUCGUGCUCGGCAUAGUCGCUACCUUCACCUUGCUGUACAAACUGUGUGCAGUUUCCGAACUAAGGUCAUUGAAUAACUCUACUACCGGUCGAUUGUCCAUUGGUAGUCUGCAAAUAUACGUCAAUGAACGUUUGAGAGACGCACCGCCGAAGUAUACCUCGGCAUCACCUUCCGAUCCAUCGACGUGUCCAGCCUCUGUUUAUCAUAAUGCUGGAUUUGUACACGACAACAGUCUGCCCCCGCCACCGUACACACCUGAACAAAAAAAUGAAAAUGAACCAAAUAGUACAUCCACAGUGCACAUGUGAGACCAUAGACGUAAUAAAAUGUCCAGACACCGUCUCCUGAACUAAAAAAUGACGCAACUACACCCCAAUUCUGCCAUUUCGCAUAUACGUACACUCCAAUAUACAGUAUUAAUCUAUUAUUAUUUCAUUUUUAAAUUGCCGCAAUUAAUUUGGCAAUACACCUCUGACUUCACACUCACACAAAGAUCUCUCUCAGAGAAGAAAGACUCGGCGCCAUUUUGGUGCUUCAGUUGUUUGUUUUUUUUUUUUUUUGGUAAAACUAUGAGUAUGUGUGAAACCAGGAUGUAUUCAGCAACCAUAGACUGCUGGUAAACGUAUGCUGAAAAUUCCACGUGUAAUAAGUUAUAAAAAUCUACCAUUUCAAGUCAUAUUCAUGAUAAUUUAUACAUGAACUUUUAAUUAACGUUCCAAGAAUUAUGUAUAUAGCACCCCUUAGGGGGUUUAAUAGAAGUUACGUAUUAAAGAUACUAAAAGUAGUAAACAAAAGAAAUAAAAAAUUAAGCAACAAACACACGAAAAAGUCGAAUGGUCGUUGUGAAAAUCUUCCUGAAAUAUGGGGAAUAAAAAAAUAAAAUCACAUAUUUGUAGAAUUAAUUAUAUUUAUAUGGAAAAAUGUUAAAUUAUAAUUAAAAAAUGUCUAAAUUAGAUAAAAUUUAAUCAAAGAGUAAAUAUUUAUUCAGUAUCACUGUAAAUAUAAUAAUAAGUUGAAUACCUUGUCGCUCUGAGUAUUUGAGAUGAUUUUAUGUUUUAACAACAUGUUAUGUAAAUUAAGUAGGUUAUUCUUUUUAAUUAUAACAAUUAAGCAUUAUACUCAUGUGUUUUAUUCCUACAAGCUGUAAAAUAACAUAAUGCGGGCAGUAAAAUAAAACAAA